AUGGAGAUUGAGGAAGUGGACGCUUAUACAUUUUUAUCAACACUCACACCGAACAUUGACACUUCAUUUAUAACCCUCAAAAACGCAAUGUCCCUUCACCAAAAAACACCGAAACUUAUCGUUGUAUCAAGUUUUACUACCGACAAACUCAACGAGGAAAUAUCUGCAUUAAACGACGCGUUUGAUAAGUCGAAAGUGAGUGAACAGAUCUGCAAAGACUUUUUGAAAGAAAUAUCAAAGGUUCUAUCUACGUUACUUGAUUUUGUCUCCUUAUUAAAAUCAGUCAAAAAACAGUGUGACUCUGAAUUUACAAGUAUACAGAAUUAUCAGAACCAAACGCUUCAACGAAUAAUAGAAAAAGAAAAAUUUAGAUGUGACCAAGAGCUCUCAAAAAACACAUUUAGGAAGACACAACUUCUCAACGAAUUUGCCGAACGAGAGAAAGAACUACUCUCAAAGAUGACAUCUCCUCUUAUUGAGAAAAUAGCGCGGAAAACCAUCUCACGCCACUCAACUGAAUUUUCAAAAAGUCUUGUCACUGUGAAACACGAGUGUACAGAAGAAGAAGAACUUCACUCCUCACAAAUCACUGAAACCACAUGUGAUAUUUUAGAAGAUGAUAAUGAAGAUGUCGUUUUAACACAGAUGACACCAAAAAGUUUCCAACCGACACUCAAACAGUCGAAACCGCUGAUUAAGUCUGACGCCGCGCAUAUUAAAAAAACGCCGACAUUAAAAAAAGUGAAAAAAGACGGCAAAGCCAAAGAAAAUAAAAUGGACACGACGACAAAACUGAUUCGAACGCAAAUUGUCAAGCCCAAAAAUAAUUUAAAACUUUCUUCAAGUCAAACCAGUGAGGAGGAGCUUUAUUCAGAAAACGAUUCAAAAAAAUCAACCGAGUCGUCUUCAUCACCACCAGAAGACAAAAACGACAAGAAAGAGAAGAAAAAGAGUGAAAAGCUGUCGACCCAUUCAGUGCUGUCUACAGACUUUUUAAGUGCCAAAGAACAAGACUCCCUUCACAAAUGGACAAAGAGAGAAAUCGGGCAAGUUGCCUUUGACUCGACUGUCGAUCCGAUCUCGCCGGGGUCUUGUUUCAUCGCAAAGGAACUUGCAAAGUGCAACGGGUUCAUCGUCGUCGCGGACGUGGACAGCACCACUCGCUUUGGGUUUUGUUUCUUUGAAAAAGUUGGACCUGAUAAUUUACACGUCAGCGAUAAAAAGGGAUUCAUCUUUGUAAUGACAGAAGACGGUGGUGAUACACCUCGUAAAGUCGUGUUGAACAAGAAGAAAGGAAUCACAAUGGAAAUUGCACUGAAGGGAAGUCCAAAGACUUUUGACGUUGAUGAAGGAACACUUUUUAUUGGGAGAAAGAGAGUCGGAAUGAUGAAGGGAAGUCGAACGUUUGGGGUCGGGGUCAAUGAAAGUAAGACCGAAAUAAUUGAAAAGAAGAAGAUUAUUAUUACUAGAGUAGUCGUGUAUGCUAUGGGGGAGAAAUUGUGA